AUCACUAGCCAGGUUAUCAUCGGCCUUGCCAGAGACCUCCAGGCUGGUUGGCUGUAACGGCUGAACGUCACACCUUGGCGGCUUGACUCUGUCAUACUACGAGUGACAUCCACAAAUACCUUGCACCCGGCCCAUCUUCUCCACCUUUUCAAGGCACGUUGACCUCCAGCUCCAUUCGUACCUCAGACCUUGAACUCGAACACCCGGCGGUACAUUAAUAUCGCUAAAACAGCAAACUGCAGUCCGUCGUGUAGGAUGAACUCGUCAUAUGCGAGUUCAAGGCAUUCUCGGUCGAGCUCUGACGGUAUUGAUCCAUUCUCCGAUCCUGACAUCUACUACGGCGGAAACGAGAGCAUUGUGGGACAGCAUGCUCGGACUCACAAGCGGGCACACUCAUCGUCUUUGAAGAGGUUUGAUUUUACAGAGAUAAGUGCUUUUAUCGGCAGGAGAUCUAGUCACGAUGAGGUUUCUCAUCCCCGAAGGUUCCUCAUCGACGUCGAUGCGACAUUGGAGGCAUUGCUUGAAAGGGAAGAUACGGACAGAAAUAUGCAGAUAACAAUUGAGGAUGAGGGGCCGAAGGUGUUCUCUGUCGGUACUGCCGCCUCGUCCGGCUUCAACAGAUUUGAUUUGAGGGGCACCUAUAUGCUUUCGAACCUCCUCCAAGAGCUAACCAUCGCGAAGGACUAUGGGCGAAAACAUAUUGUUCUCGAUGAGCAGCGCUUGAAUGAAAAUCCCGUUAGCCGCUUGUCUCGGCUAAUCAAUAAUUCGUUCUGGAAAGCUCUCACGCGACGUAUUGACGGCUCUAAUAUUGAUGUUGUUGGGAGAGAUCCGAAGGAUUGGACGGAUGACCCGCGACCUCGGAUAUACGUACCUCCAGGAGCGCCGGAGCAGUAUGAAUAUUAUAAAAAGAUCGCAGAAUCACAACCUGAAUUGCGUUUGGAUGUUCAGCUUCUUCCGCCGGAAGAAGAGAUUACCGCUGAAUUUGUGAGGGACUUGAACAAUAAGCCCGGGCUUUUGGCACUGGCAAUGGAGGAAUAUGUCGACCCGGUCACUGGAAAACUCGAUUUGAGAGGCGUGCCGUAUGUGGUCCCUGGCGGACGAUUCAAUGAAUUGUACGGAUGGGAUAGCUACAUGGAAUCCCUUGGGCUUCUCGUAUCCGACAGGGUUGAUCUGGCGAAAAGUAUGGUCAUAAACUUCUGCUUUUGCAUCAAGCAUUACGGGAAGAUCCUCAACGCCAACCGAUCAUAUUAUCUUUGCCGAUCUCAGCCUCCGUUUCUCACAGACAUGGCAUUGAGAGUCUAUGAACGUAUUAAACCGGAGCCAGAUUCACUAGAGUUUCUUCGCCAUGCUAUGCUAUCUGCGAUUAAAGAGUAUCAUAGUAUCUGGAUGUCCGAGCCGAGACUUGAUCCUGAUACGGGGCUAUCGAGAUACCGUCCGGGCGGCAUUGGUGUUCCGCCAGAGACCGAGCCGACUCAUUUUUAUCAUAUUUUAACCCCUUAUGCUGAGAAACACGGCAUGACUUUUGAUCAGUUUGUCCAGGCAUAUAACAGCGGAGAGAUUAAGGUUCCAGACUUGGAUGAGUAUUUCCUGCAUGAUCGAGCAGUCCGAGAGUCGGGACACGACACUUCAUACCGCCUUGAAAAGGUAUGCGCCAACCUAGCGACAGUUGACCUUAAUUGCCUAUUAUAUAAAUACGAAGUCGACAUCGCCCGGACAAUCCGCGAUUUCUUUAAGGACAAACUAUAUAUUCCCCCCGAGUUCCGUGCAAAGGGGAAUGAGGCAAGGGAAUUUGAGUCAUCUGCACUAUGGGAUCGUCGUGCAAAGCGAAGAAAGGCGCUUAUCGACAAGUACAUGUGGAAUGAAGAGAAGGGCAUGUACUUCGACUAUGACACCGUCAAAAAGGAGAUGACUUCCUACGAAAGCGCAACCACUUUCUGGACCAUGUGGGCCGGCGUUGCAACCCCUCGACAAGCGUCGAUACUUGUCAGCAAAGCUCUUCCCCUAUUCCGAGCAUACGGUGGCCUUGUGUCGGGAACGGAAGAGUCGAGAGGUGUCGUUGGUAUUGACCGUCCCAACCGCCAAUGGGAUUAUCCAUAUGGUUGGGCACCGCAGCAGAUGCUCGCGUGGACGGGACUUUUACGUUACGGAUAUCAAGACGAAGCUGAAGGACUAGCGUAUAGAUGGCUGUACAUGAUCACCAAAGCGUUUGUGGACUUCAACGGUGCAGUUGUAGAGAAAUAUGACGUUACGAGGCCAAUUGAUCCGCAUCGUGUGGAUGCCGAGUAUGGGAAUCAGGGAAGUGACUUCAAGGGUGUCUCAAGAGAAGGGUUCGGUUGGGUCAACGCAAGUUUUGUCUACGGACUCCAGUUUCUAAAUGCUCAUAUGAGACGUGCACUUGGUGCUUGUACACCAUACGAAACCUUUAUCAAAGCAACGGCAUUUCAAUACUAG